AACUCAGCCAGAGUUGCACAAAGCUGUAUCCCACAGAAAGCUCCAGAGACAGAAAAGGUUGUAAAGGUUUCCCUUAGGUGAUUUUCAUCACUGGAAACUUUGCACUACACAGAACUCAGUAGUGGGGUCUCACAUCUGAAAUCUGAAGGAGGCUUUGGACUUCACCUUAAGAAAGACGGAUUUCUACUUUAGAGACCACGUAAUUUUCCCUCCUGUGAGAAUAACAUGAACCAGAAGGUGUUAGUUUUCCUUCUCCCAAAUUUUUUAUUUGGGAUAUUUCUUUUUGGGUUUUUCUUUAAGAGACAAAAAAACCUAACAGAUGUUUUUCCCAAUCCCACCGAAAAUUGGCUGGCAAUUCAAAACAGUCGGAAAAACACACUGGCUUCUGUCUGCCUGAAGAACAACCUUAAUAAACCAAACAGCAAAUUGGAUUCUCAUGUUGCAAGCCAGCUCUUUGUGGAGCACAAGCACAAAUUUAUCUACUGUGAGGUGCCCAAGGUAGGCUGCUCCAACUGGAAGAGAACUAUUUUUCUUCUUCAAUCAGACUUCAAUGCAGAGGCUUCUGAUAUUGGGCAUGACAACAUCCACCAUACAUCACUAAUCAAAAGGCUGGUGUCUUACCCUCCUGCCUUACAAAAGGAAUUUCUGAGCAAUUACACCAAAGUGAUGUUCACCAGGCAUCCCUUGGAGCGGCUGGUUUCAGCUUACAGAGACAAACUCCUGCACUCUGAACCAUUCUACAGUACCACUGUUGCUAAUGAGAUUAGGGCAAUGUUCAGGAAAAAUAAAAGUUCUUCUGAAAAAGUGAGUUUCCAGGAGUUUGUCAGCUUCAUUACAUCAAAACCACCACAUGCUCUUGACAUUCACUGGAAGCCGAUGUUUCUGCUCUGUGAUCCUUGCAACAUUAACUAUGAUGUUGUGGGCAAGUAUGAAACUCUUGGGUUGGACUCUGAGCAUGUUCUGAAGGUCAUUGGUGCACCAGAGAGCCUGCAAUACCCCAGCUUGAAGAGAUACAGCUCAGAGAAAAGAACUGAUGGUGAUAUCACCUUGGAGUAUCUCAGACAUUUGACCCCAGAACAAAUUGAGAAGAUAAAAAAAUUGUAUGAAAUGGAUUUUUUUUUGUUCAACUAUACUAUGAAAUAUGAGGAUUAUUCUUCCCUGAAUGACUAAUGUAGGUUAAACAAAGAACAAUUUCCUUUGUACAAAGCGGGCAGAACUUGUCCUCACAGCUGCUUGAUAGGAAGGUUGGUGACAGCUGCUGUGAUUGUCCUGGAGUUUGUAUAUAUGGUUUAUCAUCCUAAGCACUCUUAUAAAAAAUCCCUGCCAUGACCUCUUGUACCAUGCAGACCUUUACCUGUUAAAAUGAUUGUCUUCCUGUUGAUCUUUAA